UUGUUGUCAUUUGUGGAAUUUAACACAGCAGCCAAACAGCUGAUAGAGUUGGAUAAGCCCUCAGGUUCUGCUGUUGACUCUGGAGAAGGUACCUCUGGGGCAGCCCACAACAGUUCAACCCAAAAGCACACCGAUACCAAGAAAAACACCAAAAAACGGCACUCUUUUACCUCCCUCACUAUGUCCAACAAGUCUUCACAGUCUUCUCAGAAUCGCCACUCAAUGGAAAUUAGUCCGCCUGUCCUCAUCAGCUCCAGCAACCCAACCGCAGCAGCCCGCAUAAGUGAGCUGACAGGACUUUCCUGUAGUGCCCCUUCUCAGGUUCAUAUCGGUACUACGGGGCUAAUUGUGACUCCACCCCCUAGCAGCCCAGUCACAACAGGGCCUUCAUUUACCUUCCCUUCAGAAGUUACUUACCAAGCUGCUCUUGGUAAUAUGAAUCCCCCACUUCCGCCACCACCUCUCUUGUCUGCUGCAAUCAUUGCAUCGGCUUCUUCUGGACCUCAGUCUGCAGGUGUAAUACAAAGGCCUACAUCAGGAUCAACUGACCAAAUGGCACAUUUACGGCCACAAACUCGUCCAAAUGUGUAUAUUGCUAUAUAUCCUUACACUCCUCGAAAAGAUGAUGAACUGGAACUGAGGAAGGGAGAAAUGUUCUUAGUGUUUGAACGCUGUCAAGAUGGUUGGUUCAAGGGAACUUCCAUGCAUACAAGCAAGAUUGGUGUUUUUCCAGGAAAUUAUGUGGCUCCAGUUACAAGGACAGUGACAAGUACAUCACAAACAAAAGUUCCCAUGUCUACUGCUGGCCAGACGGGACGAGUGGUAACUAUGGUCAGCCCUUCCACUGCUGGUGGGGCAUCACAGAAGCUCCAGGGGAAUGGUGUGGCAGUGAACUCCAGCACAGUACCCACAGCUGUGGUUUCUGCAGCACAUAUCCAAACUAGUCCUCAAGCCAAGGUCCUCAUGCAUGUGACAGGACAAAUGACAGUCAACCAGGCUCGCAACGCAGUUAGAACAGUUGCUGCACACAGCCAAGAAAGACCUACAGCAGCAGUCACACCCAUACAAGCACAGAGUCCAACAUGCCUUAUUCCUGCAGCUGUGAUCAUUCCCCACCACUCUGUUGCCUCCCAGCAGCUCCAGCCCCCAGCAAAUAGUGCUGCUUAUGUCACAGCUGUGAAUGUGCACCGCUCAACCAUCCCACUGGCAUGUGCAGCAGGUUCUUUGAAUUCUCCCAACAUUGCUGCUUCAUCUUUGGAGGGAGAUGUUAGUGGAAGAACUGUGAACACUCACGCUGGAGCUCCUGCAUCUCCAGAGAGUGCUCUAGCAGCUGGUGGAAAUGCUGCUGUCAGUAAAGCAGACAAGGAUGGCAAGAAAGAAAAAAAGGGUUUACUGAAACUGCUUUCUGGAGCAUCCACUAAACGCAAGCCCCGAUUGUCACCUCCAGCAUCACCAACGCUGGAGGCUGAGCAAGCAGCUGCAGAGUUAGCCCUGCAAGGUGCAGUUGGGCCAGAGCUUCCAUCAGCCGGCAGUCACAGCAAAGUUGGACCCUGUCCCACCGACAGUGAGGUCUCUGGGCUGGCGCAGGAGACAGUACAUCGGAAAACAAGUUCCCUGGAUUCCUCUAUUCCUAUAGCGCCACCGCCUAGGCAGCCUUGCUCAUCCCUGGGUCCGGUCCUGAGUGAAUCCAGGCCUCUUGUCUGUGAAAGGUACAGGGUUGUGGUAUCCUAUCCUCCUCAGAGCGAAGCCGAACUUGAACUUAAGGAAGGUGACAUUGUUUUUGUACACAAAAAACGUGAGGAUGGCUGGUUCAAAGGCACUCUGCAACGAAAUGGAAAAACUGGCCUUUUCCCUGGAAGCUUUGUAGAGAACAUUUGAGAAGAUCAUUCUAAGAGCUUCAAAUCAUACUGUACUGUAAAGUAGCACAAAUAUUUUACCAGAAAUAGCACAGUCAUGAAAUAUUUUCAAAUGACUGUAAUGUAAACAAAAAUCUACAUAUUUUUACAGUGUCUAUAGCACAAUUACACCAGCGAACAAAGAAGAUGAAGGCAUCUGCUGGUUUUAUCACUUUGGAUUCUUAAGUGUGAUGUGUGCCUUGUACUGUCUGAUUUAUUAUAUAGAGGAACUUU